GCCGCCGCAGCCUUUUCAGGGCGGCAGAAAGCAGCGCUGGUCCGUCCACACUUAGAGUUCCCGUGUUUAUGUGUGACUUAGACAUCUUACAUAACAGCAACUGUGAUAAAUACUAAAAAAAAAAAGCCCAUCAGUCGUUCACAUGCAGGACAGCAAGCCUUGCAAAGAGCUACCGGAGACACUGAGGCUGCCGCUGCUGAAGGAUCUUUAUGGAUCACCCUUUUUUCCUACUGAUCCCUUUAUUCCACUGCUGCUGUUGUUGGCAGAAGCAUGGACCAAUAUAGCUACAGGUGCUGCAAUGUUCUUUUAAACUUCGGAGCCUUCUACAUAUCUUCAAAGUCACAAUUAAUUUAAUGACCUUUCAUUGAAGUGAGAGGCAGUAUACUGCAGAUAUGGUGGUUCCCCUCAGCAAGCUUCACUGCCUCUUGAAGAGAGCUCAGAUGGUGCUACUCUGCCUGGGCAUCGCCUAUCUGAUGGCAGGCAGCAUCCUGCUCUUGCAGCGCUCCACCAUCAGGGCGCCUCAGCCAAACCUCCCCAGCCUGCCGCCCCUGCUAUCUCUUGUCGCACCUCCUCCUGCCCUCGGUAGGGCAGGCAUGGGUAUGAGAGCACGUUCCAGAUGGGCCGCCGUUCAGACCAUAUCUGGCGGAGGAGCCAAAGCAUCUCAAAGCUGGCCAAGUUCCCGCAGCCUGAGGGUCCAGCAUUUACACCGCCGCUGGUUUCACAGCCUACUGCCAGAGAGUCCAGAGCAGAAAGUCUCUCAGCACAGGAACAGCAGACACAAAGGAACCUACAUUGGCUGCUUCCUGCAUAAUGCCAGCGAUCGAGCUUUGGGGGGAACCAUGCUUUAUGACCUACGCAAGAUGACCAGCUCCCUGUGUCAGGACACCUGCUCAGAAAGUGGAUACCAGUUUGCAGGCUUGGAGUAUGGAGCUGAGUGUCACUGUGGGAACCGGAUCAGCAGCCCCCCGGCACCGGAGGAGGACUGCAGUCUGGUGUGCCGGGGUGAGAGGGGGUCUCCCUGUGGCGGCGUGGGCCGUCUCUCCAUUUACAAGGUGGAGGAGCAGCUGCCAGGUCACAGAAAAUUCAGAAACAUUCACCAUCGUGGCUGCUUCAACCUGACAAACAGCAUCAUUAGCACUUUCCCGGUCCACUCCUUUCAGCCCAACCUAACCACUCAUUCCUGCAUCGAGACAUGCACUGAUAAGGAGUUCCCCUUGGCUGUGGUGAAGAAGCCCCAUUGCUUUUGCACAUGGACCUCGUCUCUUUUUAAUAUCAACCGGCACUCGGACAAACAGCAGUGUGCAGAGGGCGGCGCUCAGAACCGCACAGAAGGCUCAGCAUCCACAGCCGAAGCAGAGCCUGACCAUUACCAGGUGUAUCACACGCCUGUGCUCGACUCAAGGUGCAAAGAGAGGAUGUUUCUGCCUCAGAAAUCCUCCUCCCUGGUGGCUCUGUCCAGUUUUCCAGGGGCAGGCAACACCUGGGUCCGACACCUGAUUGAGCUUUUGACCGGAUACUACACUGGCAGCUUUUACUUUGAUGGCAGUCUCUACAACAGAGGUUUUAAAGGGGAAAAGGACUAUUGGAAGAGCGGCCGCAGCAUCUGUGUGAAGACCCAUGAAAGUGGUCAGAAAGAGAUCGAAAUGUUUGAUUCUGCCAUCCUGCUGAUUCGAAACCCUUACCGCUCCUUAAUAGCUGAAUUCAACCGCAAGUGUGCUGGACACCUGGGGCACGCCACAGAGGCACAGUGGGACAGCAAAGAAUGGCCAGAAUUUGUCUCCGGCUAUGCCCCCUGGUGGGCCUCCCACGCUCUGAGCUGGCUCAAGUUUGGACGCCACUUGCUGGUGGUGCAUUAUGAGGAGCUCCGGAAAGCCCUCCUCCCCCAGCUCCGUCUCAUCGCUGCUUUCCUGAAUGUCACCAUAACAGAGGAGAGGCUUCUAUGCGCACAGAGCAACCAGGACGGCCAUUUCAAACGCCCCGGCGCCCAGCAGACCUCCUUUGACCCGUUCACUCCUGACAUGAGGCGGAUAAUCGACUCUUUCAUUGUUACAGUUGACCAGGCACUGCAGAGCAGGAACUUUAGCAGAAUUCCAGAGGAGUACCUCCCCAGAUGAUGGUUGUUAGGCUUUGAAAUGACUGGUUCACCCUGGGUCUAAGGGAAGGUUUGUGGUUUUCUCAGCAGGAAUGGAUUAGCUGAUGUAAGUGGACCAAAUGACCUUCUUACAAGCCGGGCUACAAAAAAAAGAUGACAGUUCACUGGGAAAUCCAACAGAGAACAGUUGUCGAAAACCUUGAGGCCUUGACCUCUUCUCUGAAAGCAACAUAGAUGAUAAACAGAGAAGACUUGACAUGAAGUGCUAACCUGACGGAGGGUCUGAUUAAGCCACGUAUACCAUAUACUCUUAGCAUAUGGUUGUUCUUGAGCAGAUUUAACUCCUAAACAUUCAUUAGCUUAUCUAGAUA